AUGGGGAACCAGCUGGCUCCAGUGCCCCCCUUCCUGCCCCCUCUGCAGGCCCUGCACGUGGUGGUGGUGGGGCUGGACGCUGCGGGAAAGACCUCCCUGCUCUACCGCCUGAAGUUGCAGGAGUUCGUCAAGAGCGUGCCCACCAAAGGCUUCAACAUGGAGAAGAUCCGGGUCCCGCUGGGGGGCUCUCGCGCCAUCACCUUCCAAGUGUGGGAUGUGGGGGGCCAGGAGAAGCUGCGCCCGCUGUGGAAGUCCUACACGCGCUGCACAGACGGGCUGGUCUUUGUGGUCGACUCUGCAGAAGCCGAGCGCCUGGAGGAGGCUCGGGUGGAGCUGCACAGGAUCACCCGCGCCUCGGACAACCAAGGGAUCCCCGUGUUGGUGCUGGCCAACAAGCAGGACGCAGCUCAGGCGCUUUCAGUCGCCGAGGUGGAGAAGGUCCUCAGCCUGCAUGAACUGGGCGCUUCCACGCUGAGCCACAUCCAGGGGUGCAGCGCCGUCAGCGGCCUGGGACUUCAGCAGGGCCUGGAGAAGCUCUACGAGAUGAUCCUCAGGCGCAAAAAGCUCCUUCGUGGCAGCAAGAGGAAGCGCUGAGAGGA